GCCUGUAUUAAUUUGCAAUAUUUGCAAAAAGCGCGCCGCAUAACAGUUGGAACACGCGCUCGGACGACCCCUGUACAGAUUCGGGGCCGACCGCUCGCGCGCCUCACCGGGAGCCACAGCACCGGGAGGCCAGCACUGCGGGAGGCCAUAUGGCGGCGCAGGACGCGCGGAGCGAUGGCGCCGACGCCAGCCUCGCCCUGAAGAACGAGGGCAACGCCGCGCUGGCGCGCGGCCGCUACGCCGAGGCCAUUUCCUGCUACUCGCGCGCGCUCGAGGCCGACCCGUCGAGCCCCGUCCUGUAUUCGAACCGGGCGAUGGCGCACAUCAAGGCCGAGUCCUACGGCCUGGCCAUCGCCGACGCGGAGGCGAGCAUCCGGCUGGACGCGAGCUACAUCAAGGCGUACUACCGGCGGGGCUCGGCGAACUUCGCGCUCGGCAAGUACAAGCUCGCGCUGCGCGACUUCCGGGCGGUCUGCAAGCUGCGGCCGAACGACCGCGACGCCCGGCUCAAGCUGAAGGAGUGCGAGCGCGCCGCGAAGCAGCUGGCCUUCGCGGUCGCCAUCGAGAGCGAAGACGCGGCGCCGCUCAGCGCGUCCCUGGACGUCGCGACGAUAAGCGUGGACGCCGCCUACGACGGCCCGCACCUCCCGGAGGACGGCGCGCCGACGGACGAAUUUAUAACAGAAAUGCUGGAGCGCUUCCGGGCGCAGAAGCUCAUUCAUAGGAAGUACGUGCUCCAGAUCCUGCUGCGCACGAAGGAGCUCCUCGAGGCGGAGAAGAGCCUCGUGGAUCUCGAGAUCGGCGACCGCGACCGCAUCACAAUCUGUGGCGACGUGCACGGCCAGUUUUACGACCUGCUCCACAUCUUCGAGAUUAACGGCCGGCCCUCUUCCUCGAACCCGUACGUCUUCAACGGCGACCUGGUGGACCGGGGCUCGUUCAGCUUCGAGGUCGUCCUGUCGCUCUUCGCGCUGAAGGUGCAGCACCCCGGCGGCGUCCACAUCAACCGGGGCAACCACGAAACGAAGAACAUGAGCAAGAUCUACGGCUUCGAGGGCGAGGUGCGGCACAAGUACGACGCGACGGUGCUCGCGCUCUUCCACGAGUGCUUCCAGUGGCUGCCGCUGGCGGCGUGCGUCGAGAAAAAAGUGUUCGUGACGCACGGCGGCCUGUCGUCGGACGACGGCGUGACGCUCGACGACGUCCGGAAGGUGAGCCGGAACCGGGAGCCGCCCGACGCGGGCCUGAUGUGCGACCUCCUGUGGAGCGACCCGCAGGCGCAGGACGGGCGGAGCCCCUCGAAGCGCGGCGUGGGCCUGUCGUUCGGGCCCGACGUGACGCGGGCCUUCCUCGAGAGAAACGGUUUAGAUUUGGUCGUCCGGUCGCACGAGGUGCGCGACAACGGCUACGAGGUCGAGCACGGCGGGUCGUUGAUCACGGUCUUCAGCGCGCCGAACUACUGCGACGCCAUGGGCAACAAGGGCGCCUUCAUCCACCUGUCGGCGGCGCUCGAGCCCAAGUUCACGACGUACGACGCGGUGCCGCACCCGCCGCUGCGGCCGAUGGCCUACGCGAGCGCGUCGCCUUUUGGGUUGUAAACUAGUAUCUUAUCA